AUGGCGCUGUCAACGGAGAACAUCCACCAGGCGCCGCAGCAGCUGAUCCAAGAUGCAGUCCAAAGAGUUGCAGAGUCGGCUGAGAGGACCCUCUCGCUCUUCGAACGGAUGAUCACAAUGCAUGCCCCCAUACUCGAGUCACUCCUUCUUCAAAUCCCGACCGACACGAUUCUCGCUCUUUAUCACACCUCAUCAUACCUCCGAACCUUCCUUCAAUCAUAUCCUACUGCAUGGAACUCGCUUUCUUUCCGGCUAUUGUGCCCAUCGGGAACCUUGACCACUCGGCUUAUCGUCCCGGGAAUAUCGGAUCCGGAACCUCAGCGCCAGUCGAAGCCAUAUGCGCUGGAUCAGCUCCUACUGAAUGUGGUGGUCCCGUUCAGCAACUGUCUCAGGAGUCUGGAGCUGGACAACACUGCCGUCUCUGGGCAGACUCUGAUAUCAAAUGUAAUGCAUGCGCGUCGGGAGACUCUUGAGCACUUGUCAGUCCGGGGCUGCAAGAACGUAUCGCUGAAGUACCACAUCAUUCCCUAUCUGACGAUGUUUGGAUUGCAAUAUGAUCUCGACAUGAAGAGGAGCGUCGGAAGCUCACCUGGCACCAAACAGCUUGCUCUCAAGAGUCUUUAUGCCUACCGCUGUCGCCACCAUCGACGUCGGCCCUACCUGUCGACAUCCCUCCUUCGAAAGGAUUCCGACUCGGAGCCAACACAUGACCUAGUGAACCUGUGCCAUAAGCUAGGUAUUUGGACGGACACUGCCUGGUGCACGACGCCGGCAGGGAGAUGUUUCCGCCGGCGGGGUUAUGUCUCGAUGCGAGUCCCACAAGGCUCGCCGGAAGUAUGGGUGGUUUUUGACAGGCUGUGGCGGAGUAAGAAUUGGAUUGGCCCGAUCGACCCCCAAUCAGAGCCUUCGCGUGCCUUUGAUGGGAAAUUAUGGGAAAAUCGCGAAACCGGAUGCUAUGGAGAGGCCCUGGGCACGGGGGAUAGUCCCGCACUGGGCGAGGGUAAGAUGACGCCUGCGCAUCUGCGUCAAAGUCAUACACAAUUUGUUCAAAACGUGAAAUGCGACAACUGUUUUGAGGAGAUCUCGGAACGAUGCGAACAGUGCAGUAUUCUGAUGCACUGUGUUGGCUGUCGACGUACGUUAUGCGCGAGCUGUGCUUAUGAACGACCUUAUCUCCAUCGAGGAAACUCGAGAUUGAGUCCGUCAAGCACCAGCAACAACAACAGCAAUAACACCAACGGCGAUCCGUCGACCUCCCAUGCCCUCUGGUGGGCUCCGGGGGCUACUCACUCACCAAGCUCCAUGCAGGAUCCUGUGUCAGAUCCACUAGAGCAAGAUGAAGCUGUCCAUGAAACAGUUCAAGCAAUGCAACCGGCUCUCAAGUUCCACUGGUGCUGCACGGAGCCAUUAUUCUCUGGAGGAGGCGGGAUCAGUAUCGGGACUCCCAGCCGAGAUGUAGACCAAGUGCGAGCUGUCCCUUUGCCCCGCGGACAAGGCUGGGAGGACCUGGAAUACACCGUCAGCGAGUGGAGCAAGACUUUCCCCAAGUACGCUUAUGGUGAUCCCACCAAACCGGACUAUUCCCUGGAAACGGGACACAUCGCUAUGAUGAAAUGGUUGCUUGGACCGCCCAAUCGACAAAUCUCCCCAUGCCCACGCAAUCUUUGCCAGGAGUGUUAUGACUCGCCCCAGUGGAAAGUCCACUGCAAGAGCUGUUCGAAACCGCUCUGCAUCGAACAUGACCUGCGUGGGCUCCGGCUCCGCAUCUGUGGCUACAGAGAUCUCGCGUUCGAGAAGAUGAAUAUUCAGAACCGACAGGGAUCGCUCAAUACAGCAGAUUCUUCCCUGAGCCAUCAGCUGCCAGGCUACGAUCUUCCUCUUCGGACACAUCGCAUCAACGACUCGACCAACAGUAGCUUCAUCGAUGACUUGCAUGAGGAUGGCGCCACAAUUGACGCUCAAAUCGACAUGCCCACUGAAGGCGGCGAUGCCGGUGGUCCUGCUGGUAAUGGGGUUGUCCACCCUCUUUUCACUCGCAAUCAUACUCGUUCACUUUCUGCCCCAUCCGCCCCGCCGUCCAAUCACUCCGGAUCGUCUUCCCCGACCUCCGUCUCCUCUGAGUCUCCCUGCGAGGCUCCCCGUUGGCAGGGAUGUCAGUCCUUUUUUUGCCCCCAGUAUCGCGCUGUCGGCGAUCAGCGCCAGCGAUGCCCGAGCUCCUUGCGCGAGUGCAAAGCAUGUGCUGUGUACGUGUGCCAGGAUUGCGUCCGGGCGCAUCCGCCGUGCAAAUGCACCUUCUGCGAGCAAAAUUACCUCUGCCCGAAUUGCACGAAAUUGCGAGCUCGCGACGGCAAAUGCCGGCGUCGAGAGGAGGAGAAGGCGCGGAGGGAGCGAAAGUGGAAAAAGGACAUGCAAGUUCUUGAGAACAUUCUGGAGCUCAAGGUUGCCAACGAAGUUGCCGAGUUUGCCGGUCAAUUCUUCGAUUUCGUUGACGAUCCUCGCGAUUCUGUUAUUCGCUGCCCUGCCGUCGAUGAGGCCGUGGUCCAGGAGCCCCAACUGGGUGAAUUGGAGAUUCAAUCCCCCGUUCUUGCCACGGAUGUUGGCUCGAGCACGAUGUUCUUCGCUCAAAGCUCCGCUGAUGCGCACGACGAAUUGGAGUGA